AUGGAGGAAGAAGUCGCAGCGCUCGUCAUCGACAAUGGUUCCGGCAUGUGCAAAGCUGGCUUUGCUGGUGAUGAUGCACCUCGUGCCGUGUUCCCGUCGAUUGUCGGUCGUCCCCGUCACCAGGGUGUGAUGGUGGGUAUGGGUCAGAAGGACUCCUAUGUUGGUGAUGAAGCACAGUCGAAACGUGGUAUCUUGACCCUCAAAUACCCGAUUGAACAUGGUAUUGUGACAAACUGGGAUGACAUGGAGAAGAUCUGGCAUCACACCUUCUACAAUGAGCUUCGUGUUGCUCCGGAAGAACACCCCGUCUUGCUCACUGAGGCACCGCUUAACCCUAAAGCAAACAGGGAAAAGAUGACGCAAAUUAUGUUCGAGACCUUCAAUGCUCCCGCCUUCUACGUCGCUAUCCAGGCUGUCCUCUCACUAUAUGCGUCCGGUCGUACUACUGGUAUCGUUUUGGACUCUGGUGACGGUGUUACCCACACCGUCCCUAUCUAUGAGGGUUUCUCGCUCCCACAUGCUAUUUUGCGUCUCGACCUUGCCGGCCGUGACUUGACGGACUUCCUCAUCAAGAUUUUGAUGGAACGUGGUUACCCCUUCACGACUACUGCUGAGCGUGAAAUCGUCCGUGAUAUCAAGGAGAAGCUCUGCUACGUCGCUCUGGACUUUGAGCAGGAGAUGCAAACUGCUGCUCAAAGUUCAGCGCUCGAGAAGAGCUACGAACUUCCGGAUGGUCAGGUCAUCACUAUCGGCAAUGAACGCUUCCGUGCCCCUGAGGCUCUCUUCCAGCCAUCAUUCCUCGGUCUUGAAGCUGCAGGUAUCCAUGAGACGACCUAUAACUCUAUCUACAAGUGCGACCUCGAUAUUCGACGCGAUUUGUAUGGCAAUGUUGUCCUGUCGGGUGGUACAACUAUGUACCCGGGUAUUGCUGACCGUAUGCAGAAGGAGCUCACCUCACUGUCGCCGUCAUCGAUGAAGGUGAAGAUUGUCGCACCUCCCGAGCGUAAAUACUCUGUCUGGAUUGGUGGAUCGAUUCUCGCGUCUCUGUCAACUUUCCAGAACUUGUGGUGCUCGAAGCAGGAGUACGACGAGUCCGGUCCGGGUAUUGUGCACCGCAAGUGCUUCUAA